UCGGGAGUGGAAUCGUGGUUGCGUUAGCAUCCAGGGCUAGCGGAGAGGUUGGGGAACGCGGUGUGGAGGACGGCGUCCUGCGCACUGUCGGUAGAAAGAUAUCGGCUACUUCAAAUAUCCCCAGCUAAUCCUUGAGCUAACCAUUAUCCCUCCAUGCUGUCCGGGAAAGGAAGAUAACGUUAAUAACCCUGCACUGCCACCUCAAUUAGCUACCGUGCAAGACAGAUAGGGGGAAACUGCGUUGUGCGUGAAUACUGUUCCUCUCAGGCGGACUCAGUUUUCUGUUGUUAAUAUUAAGAUUUGAGUUUCAACACCGACCAACGUUACUUGUUGUAAGAAUGAGGUUGCCGAGUAACAGGCAAUGUGCUGCGGAGGGAGACGGAAAGAAGAUGGACCAAGCUCCUCCAUUCAGAAACCCUUUUGUACACGUCUUGAAAUUCACUCCUCUGGAAAAGGCAAAGAUAGCAUUUAUGACAGUCACACUAUUCCCCAUCCGUCUUCUCAUAGCUGCAUUCAUGAUGCUGCUGGCUUGGCCUUUUGCCUUCUUGGCCUCAGUAGGACGCUCCGAGACCACCGUCGAACCCCAGUGCCUCUGGAGGAGACUGGUCGACAUAAUUCUGAAGAUCAUCAUGCGGGUCAUGUGGUUUGCGGGAGGUUUCCAUUGGAUGACUAUAAAAGGGAGAAGGGCAUUACCUGCAGAGGCACCCAUCCUCACCCUGGCACCCCACUCGUCUUAUUUUGAUGCCAUCCCAGUCACCAUGACAAUGGCCUCUAUUGUCAUGAAGGCCGAGAGCAAGGACAUACCUCUCUGGGGCACUCUGAUUAAAUUCAUCAGGCCAGUGUUUGUUUCACGAUCAGACCAGGACUCCAGAAAGAAGACCGUGGAGGAGAUCAAACGCAGAGCUCACUCUGGAGGGGAAUGGCCUCAGAUAAUGAUUUUUCCAGAAGGAACAUGCACCAAUAGAUCCUGCCUAAUCACCUUUAAGCCAGGAGCCUUCAUCCCAGCUGUACCAGUGCAGCCUGUGGUGAUUCGUUACCCAAAUAAACUGGACACAAUCACAUGGACGUGGCAAGGGCCUGGAGCGUUUGAAAUCUUGUGGCUGACACUCUGCCAGUUGCACAAUGAGUUUGAGAUUGAGUUCCUUCCUAUCUACACACCCUCAGAGGAGGAGAAAAAGAAUCCUGCUCUCUUUGCUAUCAAUGUUAGACGUGUCAUGGCUAAAGCCCUGGGGGUACCCAUCACAGACUAUUCAUUUGAAGACUGCCAGCUGGCCAUGGCAGAAGGCCAGUUGAGACUGCCAGUCGACACCUGUCUGCUGGAGUUUGCCAAGCUCGUCAGGAGACUGGGGCUGAAACCCAGAAACACUGAGAGGGUUCUGCAGGAAUAUGGGAACAGAUCCAGGAAGCUGGAGGGACAGAAGCUGGGCUUGGAUGACUUUGCUCAGUUCCUGGAUGUGCCAGUUUCAGACAUGCUACGAGACAUGUUUGCUCUUUUUGAUGAGCAUGAAGAUAACUGCAUGGAUAUCAGAGAAUAUGUGAUAGCCUUAUCUGUUGUAUGCAGACCUGCCAAAACUCUGGAAACGAUGAAAUUGGCCUUCAAGAUGUUUGAGGCAGAGGAGGAUGGUGCCAUCACAGAGAUGGAGUUGGCAGUUAUACUCAAGACAGCUUUAGGAGUGAAUCACCUCAGUGUGUCACACCUGUUUACUGCUAUUGACGCUGAAGAUACGGGGAAGAUCACAUUUGAGAAGUUCAGAAGCUUUGUGGAGCAGCACCCAGACUUUGCUGAGGAGUACCUCUACACAGAAAACGUAGGCCUCCACAGUGGUCCCUGCCACUAUCACCAAACAAAGCCCAACCUGAACCUUCAAGGCACUGCCACCAUCAAAACAGCUAACGGUAUCUGCCCCGACUUCAGCCCCAACAACCAUGAUGGCACAAUAGAUGGACUCCUCAAGAAACACAACUGAAAUAGUUUAAGACGUAGUGGGAGAAAACCAAACACCUCUCCUGGUGAGAGGUUGUUAUGUCUCACAUAGUUAGUGGUGGGUAGUUAGUUACAUGUUUGAACAGUAAGGGACUACAUUUCAGUAACUACAAUUACAAAAAUGAAGAAGUUUACCUUACCUUUUUUAUUAGUAUUGUGUCCAUAAAAUUUUCUGAGGUAAUUUUCAGCCUGAUAACAGUUUAUUUUGUUAUAAAUUCCUUUUUUUUAAUUUUUUCAUAGUGAGGAUCGUCAAAAUGCCAAACAAUGGCUGUUACAGAUACAAUGCUUAAAUACUUGAAGGGCAAGCACUUAUUAAAAUUCCUGGGGCAAAAGUGUUUUUUUUUUUUUUGUUUUGUUUUUUUCUUUUUCUUUUUCUUUUUUUUUGUUUUGUUUUUUUAUUAUUUUAUUUUAUUUUCCCUCCAACAACGUACUGACUGUGCAUGUUUUUAACAAGAGGGAAGCAAGAAGAAAAAAAAGCCCCGACAGUGAAAUGAACUAAUUUUUAGUGAAAUCAGUGUUCGAUUCUCUUUUGUUUGUAACUUUUACCUAUUUCUUUUCUUAAAUGGUAGCUGCCUUUUGAAUUGAAAGUGCAGAAUGAAUGGGCUCAUGGUAUUUUUAGCAGUAUUGAGGAAUAUUUAUCUACAGAGGGAAGACCUGAGGGUACCAGUGACAAUUGUUUGACCACUUGAAGCAUCUCGCUGCAGUAGCCACGUUUGAGGUGAACUCAGGUCUCUGCGAGUAGAAGGGCAUAAUUGCUAUGAGCCUGUUAUAUACACAUAUAUACAAUGAUAUAUUUGAUUUAGCUCAGGGUUCAGUGACAAAAAUGGAAAAUAUAACUUGUAUGAUGUCAUCAUUUUUGACGCUCACUGGGUCACAUGCAUGUCUUUUUUUUUUUUUAUGACAUCAGUACUCUUCUGCCCAGUCGUUUUUCAUUCACAUAAACUUCAUCCAUGUCAUUUCUGUCAGGUUUAGCAAAUUCAAGUGUCUUUUUUUAUUGUUGAAACUACACAACGUGGACCAAAAAUGCAUAAGGUGAUUAACUGUCACCUGUCAUGUCUGUACUGUCCUUUUCAGUCAGUGGUGUAAUGGCUCUAAGGUGGGAGUUCACAAUGUAUGACCAUUGAAAGCACAUCCGGUUUGGUGGCUAAGUUGGAUUUUCCAAAGGCAAGGUCAUCAUACUUCCCUCUCUGCCUUACACUGCCAUAUAUUUUUUAACCAUUCCUACCUGAUUCACUCCAUAUAACUCCUCAGUCUGUUGGAAAUUCCCACUCUUCCAGUGUGUUGAAGGAUGUAAUAAUUAAACAUUCAGUCAGCUGUAAAUUUGACCUUCAUGCUAAUGGCUCUUCUGGUUUGCUAGCUCAUGCGCAUGAAAGAAACUGUGCCAUUUUUAUUCACUGAGGCAUGUUUUAAAAGAGAUCUAAGCACUUUUGCACCUAAUCAUAUUUGAAUGACCAACUUGGAAUCUUUGUUAACAAUAAUGCCUCAUUUCAGAUUUGCUAGUAUAAUUGGUUAAAAAGAUGUUAAUGGAAGUGAUUGAAUUACUUCUCAGUACACUCACAUGCAGCCCAUGGCCAGUCACAAUUAAUUUAAAAUGUUUUUUUAAUCAAACGCAGGUGGAUAUGUACUUUUAAAUUGAAUUAAAAUGAAGGAAUAUUUAAGAUAACAAAAUUUCAAAUUGGCAAAUAUUUGUCUUAUUUGCCCUUAAUGAAGAUAAAUUUUCAUUAUUGAAUUUUGAACACAGUUACCUCCACUGAUACUGGAAAGAAGCAAUUCUCCUCUGACAUUAUCAAGCAUCCAUUCCAUGUUCUUUUUUGUCUGAUUUUUAUCUGAGAAACUUGAGUAACAAAUCUGAAACUGCAAUCAACUGAAAACUUUAGUAUGUUGAUAAAAAUCAUACUGUAUUGUGUACGUUCUAGAUAACACAAUGAUGCUAAUUUCAAUCAUUUGCCAAAAAUUGAUUAAUUGGCUUUUUUUUUUAAUCUUUUUUCCUUAAUGUCUCUGGAAGCAGACAAAAUAACAAAGUUUAAGAUUUUUUUUUUAAAUUUUAGAAAUUACAGUGAUUUACAUGUUGGUAAGAAAACUGUUAUGUAAAAAGGGAAAUCAACACCGCUCCUGAGCUGAUGAAACGAAACCCAUUUGUUGCCAGUUGUACCCGGGAUGCGUGCAUUCAUGGUUAGAUUUUGUUCACUUUUUGACAAUGGAUAUCAACUUUUUUUUACCCUUUAUCAUGCAUCACAUUCCCAUCAGAUUCAUGACCAUACUUACAUGUAUCUCCGUAACGGCUUUUGGUGAAGCAAUAUUUCACAUCUCGUUGUCUAAGCCUUCUCAAGAUGUAUGCUUUUGAAGAGUUCUGAUAUGUAUUUUGAAUAUUCCAAAUGCAGGACAUUUAGUGAAUUUUUGAUAUACGUAUAUGAAUGAUUUUUAUUUUCACUGCCAUGACAAAGAUCUGUGAUCUUCUCUCCUCUGCAGAUUGUAUCGAUGGUGAAAAAAAAUGAGCCACAUUCUUUUUUUUUUUUUUCUUUGUAUAAUACUGCGAUUGUUUUGUGCUGUAUUCCUCCUACACGGUGUAAAGUUUUAUUGUUAUAUUAUUACUAUUAUCGCUGAGUUGGCUGCUUAGAAACAAAAUGCAGAUUUCAUAUGGAAACUGAUAGCCUUGAAUCUAUAUAAUUUUUAUGCUAAAAAAGAGAAUGUAUAGACAAUCUUGUCACAAUCAGAAACUACUCAAAGCGCUGAUCUCCAGUGAACAUUUUCCUAAGAAAUCAUGGUUUUCAAAUGUACAUUUUUUAUCCUGUUUGAACUCUCUCUCUCUCUCCCUCUCCACUGACUUUUUUAUGUUCAAGGCGUGCAGGUUGAACUAAGCAAAGUGUGAGUGUGUAAGUGUGUCAGGCCUUGAGGUGAUGUCUACCACCACAUGACAGGCCGCAUUGCACAAACACUCCAGACUGUACGCAAAUAUAAACUAACCUUUGAUAUAUUUAAUCACAAUGCUUUUAGUAUUGCCCCCUUAUUACUACCCUUUUAAAAUUGUAUGUAUUUGUGCUUGCACUUUAGAUUAUUUUCUUUAUUUUUCAAAGAAAUAUCACAUUGCUGUAAAGCAUGUUAAGUUCGUAGGUUACAGUAUUGUAGCUCAAUUUUGUUAAUAUGAAUAUAGUUUUUGCUGUCAUAUAUUUGCUAUAAUACUGGGAGCACAGAGGAAAUUAGGGAUCACAAAUUAAAGGAAGCUGUCCCUUGCCCCACAUUUUUUGUACUGUAAGGGUUUGGUUAGUUGAAACAUCUAAAACACUUUUUAGACCUACUUUUCUGCUUUGUCUCAGGAUUGUUGAACUUUUGUAGCUCGAGAAUGGCUUUGUAAACUUGUAGGACUUGGCAACAUUGUACAGAUUUGAAUGACUAAAAACUGUUUGCACCGUGGAAUGGAAAAGUAUUUAAUGUACCCGUAGUGAUGUGAUUUCAGAACAGGUGGCUAGUUCACAAUUCACUCUGUCUGUAGGAGGGAAACCAUACUGUUUUUGUACAUAGGUGAGGAAAUCUGACUAUGAAUUACAACUGAAACAGAGAACUAAUGAUUAAAGACCUGACCCAGAAUGGAAUGUGUUAAGCCACAGUUACCCUUACUGCAGUUUUGUUUAUUUAUUUUAAACAUGAGAAAAUUUCCUUCUGGAAGUCUAAAAGAUAUAAUUAUCUUUCAUCAGCAAGUCAAAUACAUUUUAUACUCAAUAUUUACAUUCAGAACAAUUCCGCAUUUGGGAUUUAUGAAAAUACUGUAUUUCUUUAACACUUGUUUCACACACUUUAUUUCAAAUACCUCAUUAGAGGUGAAUCUUUCAUUUUUCUACUUGCUACCAAUCUGAGAACAUUUCAACUUGUAAGAGAGAAACUUGUAUUUAUGCUACUGCUGCCUGCUUACCAGUUUGUCCAGCAGUGAGCCUAAGACGAAAGACUUGUGUACUCUUGACAGAGCGAUAUUGUUUUUCUGAUGGCUUAUUGUAUGUGGACUAAGAAACUAAACUGUUUUCUCUGUAGCUUUACUUUCUGUCUUUUUCUAUACUCAACAGGUUUUAUUUUGUUAAUGCAUUUUGAUGAUGAAGAGUCAUUACUGCAAGCUACUUUGAAUUUGUCUGUUUAGGACUGCUAUGAUAUAACUUGUUCAUGUGACUCUUGGAUUUAAUUAAAAAAAGAAAAGUUAACACACA